AUGAGAAUCUUCGCGCCAAACACCGUUGUCGCAAAGUCCCGCUUCUGGUAUUUCUUGAUGAAGCUCCGGAAGGUCAAGAAGUCAACUGGCGAGAUUGUUGCAUUGAACGUAAUCAACGAGAAGCGACCGCUCAAGGUCAAGAACUUCGGUAUCUGGAUUCGAUAUGAUUCAAGAUCUGGCACACACAACAUGUACAAGGAAUACCGGGAGAUGUCAAGAACCGAGGCUGUUGAGGCUCUCUAUCAGGAUAUGGCCGCUCAGCACCGAGCUCGAUUUAGGUCCAUUCACAUCUUGAAGGUUGUCGAGAUUGAGAAUGUCAACCAAGUCAGACGACCAUAUAUUAAGCAGCUCAUUACAAAAGGCCUCAGCUUCCCUCUACCUCAUCGUGUCGCUACUUCCAACAAGAAGAAGCUCUACUCAGCUGUUCGACCAUCAACUUUUGCUUAA